CACAGUUGCCUGCGAGUUUUCAAGCGAGUCGGAGCGUCGAUGCAGCAGCAGCGCCAGUAGCUCCAGCAGUUGCAUUCAGUUAAAGUCUAUAGCUGUGUGUUCUUCUCUACAUCUAUUUUUUGUUGUGGUUUCGCAAGUGCCGUGUCAGUGCCAGAGCUCCAUGAUGCCGUUCCCCAUACAUCCACCCAAGCAAAUGCCCUGCCCACACUGGCAGCACUUUCCCAUUAGCCCGGUCGAUAGUAAACCGAAUCCAUUUGGCAGCAGCAACAACGAUGCGGUUGCGCCAGUUACCAAGCCACCGGAGCCGGUGUCCUAUCGCUACUGUGUCCACUGCAAGGCAGCUGGCAAGGAUGUGGGCGACAUCAGAAAGGAUUGAAUGGAGCUACCAAUUGCACGCAUUUUUCACCUUAGCGAUGACAUGGGCCACGCAUUUACUCCACCCAUUCCACAUACACUCGUCACCCACUCACGAAUCCACAUAAACAUCACCAACCACACCGAACCACUCACAAUGACAGUGGAACUCCCAACUAAUCUCAAGUGGGCCCGCCGCGAUGAGUGCAGCUUAUAAAUAUAUCGAAUUAAAAUUUGAUUUGUAUUCUUAUAGGAACUUCGUAUGUGUUUGCCUUCUGCUCGUCAUUUGCUUUGCGUUUUUGUUUCAUGUGCCAAUCAUAAUGAUACCAUCUACAUAUAUACUAUAUCUUUGUAUAAAAAUAUACGUAUAUUUUUUUUACAUUUGAAAUGCUUAAGCUAAGAUUUUUCUACACAUGUAUUUUUUAG